AUGGCCAAAUACAAAUCUCCGCACAAGAUUGAUGAAGAUGAGUGCACGAUAGACGGCACUUUUAAGCAGAUCAAAGGGUCCAACAACACGUCUGACAGCGUGCUAGAGCUCACGGAUGUCUGGUCGUGUCUCGUGAACCCGCGAGACUCCAAGACCGUUCUUUCAGAUAUCAAGGAGAACAUUAACGUGAGCGAAGAUGUGGAUCUCCACCACUUGAAACGCGUCCAGAAGACGACCCAUCCGACCACUCACGACCAGAUCUUGCAGGUGGUGAUAUGCGGUAGCCAACUCUUUUCAGACCCAUCUGAGAUUGUAGCUAGGGUUUUCAAAAAAUCAGGAGAUAACGUGUCGUGCUUCCAGCUCGUGAAGGUUCCCCUUCAUCCACCAUCCACGCGCGAGAUCAUGCUCGAGUGGUCCGAAAGGUAUUGGCCGCUAGUGUGGAAAGGAAACCCAAACAAUCAAUACCUUGCUUCUGUCAGACUACACACCGCCCGGGAAACUGAAAACUUGAGAAAGCUAGUGAAACUUUUGGAGAAUGUUACCCCGGGGCACGUUUCCGUGGCCACCAUGGUUACCGAUCCCAAGACCAACAAGGUUUUGACGUGGUCACUAGACGAACGAUGCCGUUCUGUAAACCCGCUAGACCAUUCAAUCAUGAGGUGCAUCCAAAAUGUGGCUUCUGUGGAGAAAACCACUCGAAACGAAGGCUCCGAAGAACGGGAGAAGAACUACUUGUGUUUGGACUUACAGUUCUACACUACCCAUGAGCCAUGCGUGAUGUGUUGUAUGGCCCUUGUACAUUCGCGAAUUGGCCAAUUGUUCUUUCUAAAGCCGAGUCUGGGACGCGGUGGGCUUCUUGACCCGGAAUUGGGCAUCCACCAGCACAAGUACUUGAACUGGCGGUUUGAGGCCUGGCAGUGGGUGAAGGAAAGUGAGAAGUUGGCGGACCAGGUCCCGGAACUAGGGGAGAUAGAGGCAUAG